CCAAGGAGACGGAGGAUCUUGCAUUCGCGUGGCAGUGUUUGCUUGGCGGUUAGACGGAAAGCAUCUCGCCAUGGGCCUCUCCCUCUGGGCCGCGACCUUCUGCGUCCUCGCGGUGUACAACAAGCAAGUCAUCGCAGCGGAAGCCUUCCCGCCCUGCUCCUCCGAGGCCGAGGUGGCGCUCCAGGCUGGCGAGACCGUCCUCAUCACGUCACCGAACUAUCCCGAGCCGUAUCCCAGUAAUUACCAGUGCGGCUGGGUCGUAACGAGUGCAGAUCCGAACAAUCAGCUGUAUUUGGAGUGCUCUAACUUCAGACUCCAAGGAAAAUCGAAAAAUGGCUGCCUCGACUACUUGUCUGUUAACGGCGAUGAGUACUGCGGUCGGCAGAGGCCUUCAGGGUCGGCCAGCGAGUUCAUCCUUGAGUUCAAGUCCAACAGGAGGAGGGAGAGGGAAGGCUUCAACUGCACCAUCUCCACCUUCAGCGCCGCCCAAGGGGCCGAAGGUCAAGAUUGCAACGAGAUGAUUGAACCUGUUAUCGUGGGUCUCGGAGAAGCAGUCACCUUCAGCUCCCCAAACUAUGCAGCUUACCCCAAUGUUACCAGAUUCUGCUGGAAAUUUGAACAAGCUACAACCGGUAUGCAGCUUAGCCUCAGCUGCAUGCACUUCCAGCUCCGACGUCCAAACAAAAGGAACAAGUGCCGAGAUGCUUUUAUUGUCAGGGGUCAUGGGAAGUACUGCGGCACCGAGGCCCCGAACAUCACCUCGGACAGCGGGAGCCUCUUCGUCAAAGUCGUGGCCAAACGGGCGGGUCGCGAACCGAGUUUCAGCUGCGUCGUCGCCGGCGAGUUGCUGGCCAACACGGAGUCACCCUUGCCCACGUUCUCGCCCAUCGUGUCCUCGCCCAUGCCGCCGACGGAAGCGACGCCAGACUGCGGUUUGAAGUAUGAGACCGACACUCGCAUCGUAGGCGGAGUCUCAGCCAACGCGAACGAAUACCCUUGGCAGGUGGGUCUCGUCCAGGCUGCCUCCCCGUCUGAGGUCUUCUGCGGAGGCUCCGUCAUCGCCCCCUACUGGGUCCUCACCGCGGCGCACUGUGCGGAGAGCAUUGAGGGUCGGGAGAGCCAUCACCGGGUACUCGUCGGCGCCCACGAUCUCCGCUAUGAUGCGCCCUCCCAGCAGAUCCUCAGCAUCAGGAAGACCAUUAUGCAUCCUGAUUACGACUACGAGAGUGUAGAUAACGACGUUGCACUCCUGCAAGUGGAGCCUAUAACCUUCAGCGCCAGAGUCGGGCCGGUAUGCUUGCCUGAGCCGAGUUCGAGUUACGAAGGUCGCUUGGCCACGGUCACAGGAUGGGGCGCGCUCAGUUCAGGCGGAGUAACAUCCAAUGUGUUGAUGGAGGUGCAGGUCCCGACGCUGACGGAGCGAAAAUGCAAAGAGUCUUAUAACGGUUACGUGACCCAAAAUAUGUUCUGCGCCGGUUUACCUGAAGGAGGCAAGGACUCGUGUCAGGGUGACUCCGGCGGCCCAAUGGUCACGCCCCGAGACAGCGACCCGCAGCGGUACGAGCAGAUUGGCAUCGUGUCCUGGGGCAUCGGGUGCGCCGAGCCUGGGAACCCGGGAGUUUACACGAACGUUGCAAAUUACAUUCACUGGAUUCAGGCAAUGAUGCAGUUGCAGUGAUGUCAGUACAGCCAGCUUUGACCGACAAACUUUCCGGCUUGCAACGAACACUGAUAACUUAUCCCAAUCUCCCUGUCAGUCUGUCUGCUUGUAUCUGGAAACUGAUGUGUAUGAAUUCGGCAAAAUUAAAUAUA